AUGGUUUGGAUGGCGGAGUUGGAGGAGGGACCCAGUUGAAGAAGGGGCCAUGGACGGCGGCGGAGGAUGCGAUGUUGGCGGAUUACGUGAGGAAGCAUGGGGGAAGGGAACUGGAACGCCGUGCAGAAGAACACCGGUGGGCUAACCAUUUGCGUCCCAACCUUAAGAAAGGCGCUUUCUCACCGGAGGAGGAAAGGAUCAUCGUCGAGCUCCACGCCAAGCUUGGCAACAAGUGGGCACGCAUGGCCACUCAGCUUCCGGGGAGAACUGGUAACGAAAUAAAAAAUUUCUGGAACACCAGAGUGAAGCGGCGGCAGCGCCAAGGCCUCCCCCUUUAUCCUCCGGACAUCCAACCUCUCAACCACCACCAGUUGUCGUCGCCGCCGCAGAACCAACAUUUUACCCAUUACCAAACACAUUCGGAGCCCGCCACACCCAUCUCCUCCGCCCCGACUACACCCACCGCUUUCUCCUUCCAAACAACGCCGACCAUUCACGUUCCCACCACCCCAACGCCGCCGUCUCUCCAAAGCGCACACUGCACAACUCCGACCACUCUCAACAGCCCGCACCACACAACCACCCCUAUGCUUCUCAGCCCAACUCCGCCGACCGCCUCUCCGCUCCCCUCCCCGCACACCCCUGUCUACCCAACUCUCCCUCUCUUCGAUUCCUCCGCCUCCGCAUCCAACCCUUCCACCUCCACCACUAAUUCCAGCUUCUUCUCACCCAGAACCCCGCCUUUCCUCCAGACGACUCCUCGAUUCAAGCGGCUUCACCGUCAACUCGACUGCGAGAAUAGCAACAACAAUAGCUUUAAUAGCUUUAAUUUUAACCCUGGCAAUACCACCGACUAUGUUUAUCCAUUGAGAACGGAGCUCCCUUCAAGCCAAUUUUUGUUUCAAGACAGUAAUCCAGAGAUUACAUUCAGUUAUAGAGUAAACGAUGGCAAUGGUGGUGACAUUAACAGCACUAACGAGUAUCAGAAUUUGGGCGAGUCCAGUGGUGGAAGCGGAUUGUUAGAGGAUUUGUUGGAGGAGGCUCAGGCAAUGGCGGGCAGCAGCGAUGGUUUUGGGAGGCAGACUUGCUUCAGCUCGCAAGAGGAGAAGCAAGUCCUAGAUGGGUUCAGCCCUUGGGGAGAUUCAAGCUCUGUGGGUAAUCUGUUCACAUUUUCUUAAAAUGAAGGUGCAU